ACCAUGAAGGCAGCAUCUCUCCACAGGCAGAGCAGUUGAAAAACGUCAAAACGAAAGUUAAAAUCGUCCAUUCCAAAUAACUCGGUUCCUAAUCAUUGAAGGAAACUUCAGCAACGAUACAGCCCAAUGGCGCAUUACAGAGCCUCGGACUCAAAAAGAGAGCAGUUUCGGAGAUAUUUGGAGAAAGCCGGUGUUGUUGAUAGUCUCACCAGUGUUUUAGUGUCUCUGUAUGAGAAGCCGGAGAAGCCCACUAAUGCCCUGGAAUUUGUCAAGCAGAACCUUGGUGCCGUGGGCCAGACGUCGGAGGACGUUGAGGCUCUGCAGCAGGAGGUGAUCGACCUCAGGCAGAGGUGUGCACGUCUGGCAGAGGAAAACGAAGAACUUAAAGCAAAGCUUCAGCAGUACGAGUCUUCGUCAGAAAAUGGAAGCACAGCGACCUAGAUGAAGCCCCAACAGCACUUACCUUUCAGACACUUUUGUUGAAAUAGCUUUUACUUUCAAUUUGAAGACAAAAACAUUACAAAGAGAACAUUUUUGAGUGCCGUUUUGUCCAUUUUCAGUUUACAGAAUAACUUAUUCUUUGUUUGUAUUUAUAUUUUUUCCUGUAGUUUUGUUCAAAUCCGCUUAAAGGGAAAGGAUGGUAAAUAAAUGUUAAACAGCUGAGAUCUUAAACUGCUGACACUGUUUUAUUUUUGCCUUAAACACAUUUUUCUAACGAUGUCUGCAACAUUUAGUUUUUUCAGAUCUGUUAAGACUACACGUUUGUACCAAACUUUACCACUAGCACAAUAAAGAACAUUCAAAUUCUUGA